UUAAUUAUCAUUUUAAUAGAAAGCUUUGUGGAUAUGAGAAGACUGCGAAUGUAAGUGCUUUAGUGAGCCGUGCUUAAACAUCUUGAGCAAAGCAUAUGUAAGUAUGUUGUUUAUUCUAGGCAUACUGAGGUGAUAGUCAUCUUGGGACCGAGUAGAGAUUCAGAUUUACAUAAUGAUGAUGAUAAAAGGAUUGGUCUAGAACCCAUAUUUCGCCUACCUGAGGAAAAUGACCAUGAGUGGCAGUAAUCACACUGUGCGAUCUGUGCCACUGGAUCUUACCAACAAAACCCGAGAGCGUGGGAUCUGCGCGCAGACGGGAGACCCAGGUCGUCCUAGACCUGCUCCUGAAAUACAGGUGCAAGCUGCGCACAAGUGCAGCAAUGGACACGGAAUUCCUCCAUCUGAACCACAGGACUGUUGUGAUGGAUCAGUUUCGCAGACUACUCAAACAGACGCUGUGGGUGACAGGGGAAAUAGGACGCGUGAGGGUCCCAAACAAACCCUACCCAUAACCCCUAACGCGAAGUGCAACAAUCAGACGAACGCUGCAGGAAAACCGUCAGAUCCCUCAUUUUCCAAACUUCCGCCAAGGAAACGUCCUUUCCCACUGGAUGUGGAUCAUCACCACAGUGUUCCAAGAAAAGAUUCACCUAGCGUGGCUCCAAAAGUGGUGAAGAAAACUGAGGCUCAAAUAGACACAGAGCCACAGCGGAUAUUUAGUACACUUGGAGAUAAACCAAGCGUCAAUGACUCCCAGUUCGCGCCACACUCAACACCAUAUCCAGGCAGUCCAUAUUUCCAGUGGCCUCGGCAGCCUCCUCAACUGGAGAACACAGAUCGGCUGCUGGCAGAUAUUGCUGAGGCAACACGUCAAGAUGAAGACGGUGACACGCCUCUUCACAUUGCUGUGGUCAAAGAGAACUGCCAAUUGGUCAACUGGCUUAUUGAACUAUAUCGACGGGCACACAAAGACCUGGACAUUUUCAAUAACCUAAGACAGACACCAUUGCACUUGGCUGUAAUUACCCGUCAGCCUAUUUUGGUGAAAGCGCUGCUGGAUGCAGGGGCUGACCCUGGAGCUUUGGACCGUAAUGGACAGACGGCACUGCACUUGUGCUGCGAGCACAGAGAGGUGGACUGUCUGUCUGUCAUCCUCAGACACUACCCCCAAAACCCUUCGUCCCAUCUAGAGAUCAGGAACUAUGAGGGUUUGACGCCCCUUCACCUGGCUGUGCAGAAAGGAGACAAAAAGUUGACAAAAAUCUUACUGAAGAACGGAUCUGAAAUCAACGCUGGGGAUAAUAAGAGUGGUCGAAGUCCACUGGUUCAUGCUGUAGAAAACAACUUUACUGACAUGGUUAUCUUUCUGAUCGAGAGUGGGUGCGAUGUGAAUGCUCAGUCUUACAGUGGGAACACAGCGUUACACAGCGCCUGUGGCAGAGGUCAUAUAGAGAUUGUCAGAGUCUUGCUGAAAAAUGGAGCUGACAGUAGUCUGAAAAACAAUCACAAUGACACUGCCAUCAUGGUUGCAAAAAACAAAAAGGUAUCUGAUGUGCUGCGUGGGAGAGGCACUCGCAGCUGCACUGUGAAAACUAGCAGUAACGGCUCUCUGUCCCCUUGCAGCUCCAACAAUUCUCCCCGAAUGACUCCCACUUUUCAGGGCAGUGCAUCACUUUCUCCUGUGACUCCAGUUUUACCACGAAGUCAGUCAGCGGACAGCAUUUCAGAACGUCAGUCACCGAUGAUCAGCAGUGAAAAAACACUGCAAACAUUGCCACUGACACACCAUAAUGUAGCAGUGGACAACAGAGCAGGCUAUGGAAUGGCACUCCAUCAUUUCCCAUCAUUUCUGUUACCGUCUGGGUAUGACCCACUGGGUAAGCCCACUCUCUCUCAUAUCCAGAGUAGGAUGCUAAUCGCAGAUUACCCUUUUUACUAUCCCACUGGUAUUCAAACACAUCCAUGUUACUCGGAAGCACAGAUCAUCUUAUUCCCCAGUUUCCCCGUGCCUAUCACAUAUGGCUCACCUCCACAGGGUGCCGUUAGCCAAUCACGUCCGUCCAGUCGCAGCAGUGACCAAUCAGACAUGUCUGCUGUGAGUGUAAACAAUGAUGAAAGAUUUGUGAGUUGAUAUUAGAUAGAUGUUUAAGCAGCUGGUCAUCUUAAAGGUACAGAUCAUCCAAAAAAUGGAACAUUCUGUUAUUUAUUUAUUCUCCCUCAUGUUGUUCCAAACUUGUAUGAGUUUUGAAUAUUUGUGGUUUACAAAAGAAGAUAAGUUGAUGAAUUUUGGUAACCAAACAGUCGUUGGUAGACAUUGAUCUUCACGGCAUGGGAAAAAUACUAUGAAAUUAUAUGGCUAACAGCAAUUGUUUGGUAAGCAAAGUUCUUCAAACUCUCCAGAAUUCUUUCGUGUUCAGCAGAAGAAAAGACAUUCAUACAGGUUGAGUGGGUGAAUUAUCCCUUUAAAGGGAUAAUUAAAAUUAAUUUAACAUUUAUUCAGCCUCAUGUUGUUUCCAAACCUGUAUCAGUUUCUUUCUUCUGAGCAACAUAUUUUAAGACUGAUGGUAACCAGACAGUUUUGGUGAUCAAUGUAAGAUGGAAUUUCAUGCAGAUUAAUAAAUUAUGAUUUUGAAGUGGUGUUGUUUGAAUACUAUUUGUGUUUGGACAACAAACUGACAGAUUUUCAGAUGUUUGAAUCUGACGUUAUGUAGUUUCCAAAUCAGUAUAUUUGUGUUACCAAGUGUUUUGCUCUAUAUUUUGAAUGAUUGGUGAUUUUGUCAUGUAUUAUUAAGGGUUGUGUUAUUUAUACUUCAAUAGCAAGACAGCAAAAUUAUCUUUUUUUUUCCUUUAUUCAUUUGUGAUUUUCUUUUGUUUACCAUUGAAAUUGCAUGUUUUAGGUGCGUUUAUUGACAUCAUUUUGGUUUUCCCAUGUUCCGAUUUUCCAGAUUUUAUUUAUUCAAAUUCAUAUGACACACACAAAAUAUUCAAUUGCAUUCAUGUUUACAAAAAAAAAAAAAAAUUAAUUGUUAAAAAUUUGUUUCUCACAUUUUGAGGCUCUCAAAGGGGGGUUAUUAGGAUACACAUAUGACAGCUGAUUUCAACCAAGUACAAUGCCUAUAAGAGGUCAUGAUAGGUUUAUCUAAUGAAUGCACUGACAUCGUCAGCUAUUGUCAAGAAUACCAUGUACACAAAAUCCCAAAAUUGUGACUGUGUGCCAUUUUUAUUUGAGUACAAGUCUUUGAAUGGCAGUUUAAAAUCACUGUCUGAUGAAGGUUUUUUUUUUGACAAAUUUUGAGUUAUGAUUGACUGUUUAGUGGCUUAAAAUUGAUUAUUUUGUAGAAGGCAGAUGUGGAAAAAAUUUAAACUGUAGGAUUAAAACCUUUGCCAAAAUCCAGGGAAACUGUGAUUAAACGUAUAACCACAUAGGAUUUUAUGUGCAUUUUCCAAAAUGGUACUCAAAGGUGAUUUUGCUGACAGUUAUGUGAAUGUAUGUACUUUGCUUUACAUAUGAAUGUGUAAAUAAGUGCAUAGUAGUAGUCUAAUUUACUAUGAAUAAAACAAUCAUAUUUUUAUACAUACAGUAUGUGCGCAUUUCAUGACUAACAUUUGUAUAAUACAAGUUAAGACACAUUAAAAAUGUCUUUGAAACUUU